AUGCCCCCCUCACUCCUCACCACCCUCUUCCGCCCAGCCCCCCUCUUCUCCCUCGCCGCCCUCCUCCGCCUCGUCCUCCUCCUCUACGGCACCUGGCAAGACGCCCACUCCGCCGUCAAGUACACCGACAUCGACUACCUCGUCUUCACCGACGCCGCCCGCUCCGUCUCCCGCGGCCUCAGCCCCUACGCCCGGGAAACGUACCGCUACACGCCCCUCCUCGCCUGGCUCCUCGUCCCCACCGCCAGCCCGCGCCUCUUCUCCUUCGGCAAGGUCGUCUUCGCGCUCGCGGACCUGCUCGCCGGAUGGCUCAUCGUCAGGGUCCUCCGGAAACAGCGCGGGAUGAGCGCCGAGCGGGCCGGCGCGUUUGCCGCCAUCUGGCUGUGGAACCCGAUGGUCGCCACGAUCAGCACCAGGGGCAGCUCGGAGGGCUUGCUGGGCGUCUUGACCAUGGCGCUGCUGUGGGCUGUGGAGGGGAGGAGGAUCGGGGUGGCCGGCUUGAUUUUGGGAUUGAGCGUGCACUUCAAGAUAUACCCUUUCAUUUAUGCGCCGGCCAUCAUCUGGUGGAUGGACGAUGAGCAUCUGGGCAAGAAGAAGACGUCGAAGCCUCCAGCGGCGCUCGCGGAGGCUGUACUACGCCUCGUCUCUCCCGAGAGGAUAAAGCUUACGCUCAUCAGCCUAUCAACCUUUAUGGGACUCAACGUUCUCAUGUACUACAUCUACGGCACCCCCUUUCUCACCCAUUCCUACUUCCACCACGUCACCCGCAUCGACCACCGCCACAACUUCUCCCCGUACAACAUCUACCUCUACCUCGCCUCCGCCAACCCGUCCUCCAGCUCCCUCCAUGCCUUCCUCCCCCAGCUGCUCCUCUCGUGCCUCCUCAUCCCCUUUGUCCUCGCCAAGAAGGAUCUCGCCACGUCCAUGAUGGCACAGACUUUUGCCUUUGUCACCUUUAACAAGGUCUGCACUUCACAGUACUUCCUCUGGUAUAUGAUCUUUCUGCCUCUCUAUCUUCCUGGAUCAUCCAUGCUGCGUGACCCCAGGCGCGGCAUCACCGCACUGCUACUUUGGGUCCUGGGCCAGGCUGCUUGGUUACAGCAAGGGUACGAGCUGGAAUUCUUGGGGGUUAGCACCUUCUUUCCUGGGUUAUGGCUCGCCUCAUUGGCCUUCUUCCUCAUCAACUGCUGGAUAUUGGGCAUCAUCAUCAGCGAUGGGGCGGAGAGGAGCAUUCAGAAGGUGCAUACUUCAUAG